AUGUGUGGAAUCCCUGGUCGUGGGAAGCAAGAAAAGGCCGACAGCUCGCCGUGCGUGUUCCUUCCUAUCGCUGCUGCAGCGGCGAUGGGCGGCCUCUACAGGGCGCUAGGGCUGGCACGCAACGCCAGCAAGACCGACAUCAAGAACGCCUACUUGCGCCUCGCCCAACGGUACCACCCGGACCACCAGCCCCAAGCUGACGCCGCCGCCUGCGCGGAAGCCGCGCGCCGCUUCCGCGAGGCCAAAGAUGCAUACGAUGUCCUCUCCGACGACUGCUGCCGCGCCGAGUACGACCGCCAGCUCCGACGCUCCUCCUCCUCGUCUUCGAGUAGCUAUAGGCAAGGCGGUUCCUCAGCCUCCUCUUCGUCUUCGAGUAACCACGAGAACCGGCACGGCGGUGGUACCUCAGGCUCCUCGUACUCGUCGUCUUCGAGUGGCUACAGGCACAGCGGUUCCUCCUCGUCGUCGUCUUCGAAGAAUUAUUUGGGCUGCUUAGAGAACCCAACCAAACACACCACAAGUGCUCACGCGAAUUGGAGCGGACAUGAUAGCGGUUCUUGGACCCGGAAACCCCCACCAGAUGAUGAGUCGGAAGGAGGAGGAGGAGGCUUACUCGCCAUGCUCUUUUUGUAA